AUGGCUGCAAUCUCCCAAACCUCUCAAACGACAUCGCUUCCUAUACACGACCACGAGCCUCGCCAGCUACGAUCCCACUCAAAUUCGAAUAGUGACGCCGCGGUGCCUGCUGAAAACCAUAAUCUUUCCCCCGCCACCAUAAGAAGAGUACAUUCGAACACUCCCGUUGAAACUGCCACUGGCGAUCCGAUUACUUCCUCGAACAAUUUUCGUCACCACCAAGUUACUGCGUCGAUCGGCUCUGUUCCCGCCGUUACUACAAAAAAUCCUAAGCCUGGAGGGUUGUUUGCUCGUGCUGCCGCAGCAAUUGAUAAGAUAUCAGAGCCUACUAUUCGCAGUCGAUCGUCUGCGUCUACUCUGAGUCGCUUGUCUGUAGUGCUAGACUCUCCGAGCAGCGAGAAUUCGAGUUCGGACAAGUCAAGAAUCCGUAGUUUCUCGGGCAACUCAUCCGGUCCUUCUACCCCUUCUCUUCUGAGCCCGGUCAAGCGCACAAGUCAGUUGUCGUUAAAAGAUCCCAUCUCGAAGCCGUAUUCCGAGACAGACGCAACUCGACCCCCUCCGAUUAUAUUGUCUGGCACGCAGAACAAAAUGCAUCAAACGUCUUCGAGACUACUCCGCAUGACGGACGAUGACCGCCCGUUCACUAAAGAUUUCAAAGAUCUUUUCUCAACAUUAAUCGUCAGCUUGCUUCCAUUAUCUGCUCAUCGAGUACGGUUAACUCGCAUCGAGCAUACCUUCCUGUCUGAAGAUGCGAUAAAUAAUCUGGGUUCAUUGAAGUUUUCCCAAUCAAAUCGUAUGCCAGAUCCUAAGGAUCCGUCACGUAUCGUAACGACGACUACAACGACCACCUUCUCCAUGGCGAAGGAUAUGGCUAGGUCGAUAUGUCAACGGUUUCUUGAUGCUCGUUUCAUUGAAUCAGCUGACGGCAAAAUGCAACAAGUCUAUACGAUGAAGGGCUCCGUAUGGCAACUGACGCCGAAGGGUGUAUGCGUCCUGGAUCGUUUCUGUUCAAGAAACGGUAUACAGCAAAGGCAGAUCAGCGACCUCAUCGCUUUGGGGAUGAGCUAUCUAUGUAUCCUCGAAAGGGAUACCCAAACCGAUAAGUUGGUAAUGGAUAGGGGAACGAUGGAGGUCAUCUUUAGGAGGAUGAUAGGUACGAAUGGUCUGAACAUUAAGUCAAGUGUUGGUGCGGCCGAUUCAGACUCGUUGAGCGAUUACCGAGAUGGUCUCACUGGCGUGAAGAUGGCUAGCGAACGCAAAAUUAAUGGCAGGACGUACAAAGAUACGUUCACUGGGAAAUCAUGUUCGGAUUGGUUAAUGGAUUGUUGUACUACGGUUGACCGCCGCGAGACGUAUGAAAUGGGCACUCUGUUCGUUCAGUAUGACCUCAUGGAGGCUGUCCAGCAAGACCGAGUUUAUAUGGCUUCUCAACCUGGCGCUGUUUCAUUCCAACCUACGAAGACUGCCGUCUACCAACUCACCGCCAAGGGAAGAGAUAUUAUUAGCGGUGGUUCAGGAAGAGGGCGCACAUCUGAAAGCGAAGGGGCCGUGUCAUCGCGUACAGGUAUCGCCAGGGACUCGAAUACCCAACGUCUCGACAAGAUCUUGAGCGAUGCUGCUUUGCGACUACUAUUUCGGGAAAACCUGCGGGAAACUCACUGCGAAGAGAACCUGUCGUUCUAUUUGGAUGUGGAUGACUUCGUAAAGUCUUGCCGUACCGCGAUCAGGCAGGCCACGAAGACCCCUAGCGCAUCAACUAUGGAUGGGAUUAAGGAAAUUAUGGCUCAAGCAUACGGUAUUUACAAUGCGUUUCUGGCGCCGGGCUCGCCCUGCGAAUUAAAUAUCGAUCAUCAAUUGCGGAAUAAUCUUGCUACUCGUAUGACUAAGGCAGUAGGGCAAGACGUAGCAAUGAUUGACACGCUUCACGAGGUUAAUACCCUUUUCGAAGAUGCCCAGAAUGCUGUCUUUAAGUUGAUGGCCAGUGACUCUGUGCCCAAGUUUUUGCGCAAUGCGAAAUACGAACAUACAUUGAAGAAUUACGACUUUGAUGCAAUCGUUGUUGGAGGUCGCGCGCCGGAACGCAGCCGAAGUCAAUCCAACCGCAAGUGAAAAAAAGAUGAUGAUUCGGGGCUAUUUUCGAAACACCUCACGUUGAGCAGACGGCGUAAUCCGAUUUUACGAAAACGGUGUUUUCAUAUAUUCGAUCCCGCUCAUCUACCGUCUAUUAUCUUUUUCUUGCCUUAGCUACGUCACUAACUAGUGGCGUUUGAUCGCGAAGACGUUAAUAGCAAUCUCCGACAUUUGUUUCUCGCUUAAGACUUUCUUUGUUUACUUGGGCGGCGUUGAGGAUAAACU